UAUAUAUAUAUGUACUUUAAGCGACAAAAUAUAUGAAGGAACACUAGCAACAACAACACUCUUAGAUUAAACUCAAUUCAAACCAAAGUUUUGAAUACGGAAGAGCAUUUUUUACAAAAAUAUUAGCCUACAGUGGACAGUUUGCAGCAUAAGCAGCUAAAAAUUUUGUUAGUAUGGAGUGCUGUUUAUCUGAAGAAGCCAAGGAACAGAAGCGCAUUAAUCAAGAAAUCGAAAGACAAUUACGUAGAGACAAACGAGAUGCGCGAAGAGAACUUAAAUUACUGCUACUGGGAACUGGUGAAUCCGGUAAAUCAACGUUUAUUAAACAAAUGCGAAUUAUUCACGGAAGCGGUUACUCUGAUGAAGAUAAACGAGGUUAUAUUAAAUUAGUUUUUCAAAAUAUAUUCAUGGCAAUGCAAUCAAUGAUCAAAGCUAUGGAUAUGUUAAAGAUUUCAUAUGGAAAGGCGGAACAUAGUGAACUUGCGGAUUUGGUUAUGAGUAUUGAUUACGAAACAGUAACGACUUUUGAAGAUCCAUUUUUGUCAGCAAUCAAAAAUCUAUGGGCAGAUACUGGUAUACAAGAAUGCUACGAUCGACGAAGAGAGUAUCAACUAACAGAUUCAGCUAAAUAUUAUCUGAUGGACCUCGAUCGUGUGGCUCAACCAGACUAUUUACCAACCGAACAAGACAUUUUAAGGGUUCGUGUGCCGACAACGGGGAUUAUUGAAUAUCCGUUUGAUUUAGAAGAAAUACGAUUUAGUUAUUUAAGCGAUUUAGAACGUAUUGAAGCGGCUGAGUAUUUACCAACAGAACAAGAUAUUUUACGUGCUCGUGUUCCAACAACUGGAAUUCUUGAGUACCCAUUUGAUUUAGAUGGAAUAAUAUUUAGAAUGGUAGACGUGGGCGGUCAGAGGUCCGAAAGAAGAAAAUGGAUUCAUUGUUUCGAGAAUGUUACAUCCAUAAUAUUUUUGGUUGCGCUAUCGGAAUAUGAUCAAAUUUUAUUCGAAUCUGACAAUGAGAAUCGUAUGGAAGAAUCAAAAGCUUUAUUUAGAACAAUUAUCACGUAUCCGUGGUUCCAGAACUCAUCAGUAAUUCUCUUUUUAAAUAAGAAAGAUUUAUUAGAAGAAAAAAUUAUGUAUUCGCAUUUGGUAGAUUAUUUUCCCGAAUAUGAUGGUCCACAAAGGGACGCAAUUGCCGCCCGUGAGUUCAUACUUCGUAUGUUUGUAGACUUAAACCCCGAUUCCGAAAAGAUUAUUUAUUCUCAUUUCACGUGUGCUACAGAUACUGAAAAUAUAAGAUUUGUGUUUGCAGCUGUAAAGGACACAAUACUUCAAUCAAAUCUGAAGGAAUAUAAUUUGGUCUAAACUGGAUUUUGGAUCAAACAACUAUUUUUGUGAUUUUAUUAUAUUCAUAUAAUUCCUUUUUUCGCUAAAAGAAUAUAAGUAAAACAAUAUGAAAGUAUCAUUA